CCAUACUCUGGCCAUGAAGGUUCAUAUUUAUGUCCUAUUCUUGUCCAUUUGGACAAUCAAUUGUUUAGCUAGAAACAAAACUAAUGUAUCAUCAUCUACUACUACUACUACUACCACUACUAAAACUACUGAAUCAACAGGAUCAGGAAUGGAUGAUUUUAGGAAACGUCUUCUCGGUUUCAUAGUUGGAAUUAUGAUCAUAGCCUUCACCUUUACCUGUUUUUGUUUACUCCAUUAUAACUGUAUGAUUGAGGAGGUCCAGUCUCCAGGAGGGCUCAACAAAGAAAAUAUGGCUGCUAUAUCAUCCUGGGUAUCCAAGGUAUCUGCUUGUCAACCUGACAUGAUAACUGAGGACAUUCUAGAAACUCAACCUCUGCUAUUAAAUUCAGACCAGACAUCUGGGACUUUAUGUCAAGAAAAGCAAUCUAUGCCAAACAGUGCAGUAAAAUCAAUUCAGCCUUCAAGUCUCGAAAAGCCAUGCAGACCAUCCAAUGCAAAAAAAGCAAUGAGAUCCUCAAAUACAGAUAAGUCAUCCACACCAGGUAGUAUAAAAAAGUGGGGCAGGCAAUUAGAUUUAAAAAUGUCAUCAAGCCCCCAACGAUUACAUAAGUCAUCUUACCUGGAUAAGUUACAUAAGAAACGCAGCCUUAAAAAAUCACAUAAGCUCACCAAUGCCUGUAAAUUAGCUAGUCAACCCAAUUCAUCCUCUUCAGAGAGGCAAAUCAUACCACCUUGGCUAGCUAUUCUGCAAACUUCAUCUAUGCUAUCCUCACAAUCUUGUUCAUCAGCAUCACAAAGUCAAAUCGUUCCCGUUGAACCAUCCAGAAUAAAGAAACCAAACCCGUCAUGUGGAUGCCAUGAUCUAAAAGAGCCAGUAAGUACAGAAAAGGCUGCAUUACACAAGCAUUCGUCAGCCAAAACUUGCCGACAUUAUAAUGAAAAAUGCCUUAUUUGUAACACUCCUGAAUUUCUUCUCAAUGAUCCUUUGGGGACAAACAAGGAACAUGCUGAAAAUCCUCAUGGUUCAAGGGAUAUGAACUCAUCUUCCAAGUCUUUUUAUGAAACGGAUUACAUGUACAGUGGAACAGAGUUCAAUUCUUAUCAAGAUAAUGAAAGUAAUGAUACUAUGAAAACAUACGAUAGUGAAGACAGUAAUGCAGAGAUAGUCAUUAUUUGCGACACAAGUAAUAACGAGGAUGGCAUGACUAGAAACACCUCACACUAUUAA